AGGGCCUCGCUCACUUCUUACUUCCGCUUCCUUCAAGUAAAGAGGUGGAACCUCCCCCACCUUUUUCACCUAGAAGGCGGCGGCGGCGGCUCCAGCGACUCCAGCUUGCGAUGUUUGGCCUCAAAAGAAACGCAGUAAUUGGACUCAACCUCUACUGUGGGGGGGCCGGAUUGGGGACCGGCAGCGGCGGCGCCUCGCCUUCGGGAGGGCGGCUUCUGACUGCGGGGAAGGAGGCCGCAGCUAGGCGGGAGGCAGGGGGAGAGGAAGCCGGUGCGGUGAUUGGCGGAAGCACCGGCGCGAGUCCCCCGGCCGCGAUCGCGCCAGAUGCCCGGAGGGUCGCGCGGCCCUCGCCCAUUGGCGCCGAGAGCCCCGACGUCACUACGACCCCCGCGAGGCUGCUGUUCUUCGCGCCCACCCGCCACAUGUCGCCGCCUGAAGAAAUGGAAGCCCCAGCUGCCGACGCCAUCAUGUCGCCCGAAGAGGAGCUGGACGGGUACGAGCCGGAGUCUCUCGGGAAGCGGCCGGCUGUUUUGCCCUUGCUGGAGUUGGUCGGGGAGCCUAGUAAUGGCUCCGGCACUGACGGCUCACUACCCUCGACACCCCCAGCAGAGGAGGAGGAGGACGAAUUGUACCGGCAGUCGCUGGAGAUUAUCUCUCGGUAUCUUCAGGAGCAGGCUACCGGCGCCAAGGACGUGAAGCCAAUGGGCGUGUGUGGGGCCGCCAGCCGGAAGGCGUUAGAGACCCUACGAAGGGUCGGGGAUGGUGUGCAGCGCAACCACGAGACGGCCUUCCAAGGCAUGCUUCGUAAACUGGACAUCAAGAACGAAGACGAUGUCAAAUCUUUGUCUCGAGUGAUGGUCCAUGUUUUCAGUGACGGCGUAACAAACUGGGGCAGGAUUGUGACUCUCAUUUCUUUUGGUGCCAUUGUGGCCAAACACUUGAAAAGUAUAAACCAAGAAAGCUGCAUCGUACCAUUAGCAGAAAGCAUCACAGAUGUUCUCGUAAGGACAAAACGAGACUGGCUAGUCAAACAAAGAGGCUGGGAUGGUUUUGUGGAAUUCUUCCGUGUAGAGGACCUAGAAGGUGGCAUCAGAAAUGUGCUGUUGGCAUUUGCAGGUGUUGCUGGAGUAGGAGCUGGUUUGGCAUAUCUAAUAAGAUAGCCUUUUAAGUGCAAUAAUUGGACUCUUAACCAACUCCAGCCACCAAAACCACAUUGUCUGCUAUGUUAUCAGAUGUAUUUAUGAAGUUGGACCUCAAGCUGUCCAGGCUGUAACCUCCAAGAGUUAUGCUCUAGCAACUAGAAAAGCAAGUGGCGAGAGGAUUAUGGCUAACAAAAAUAAAUACAUGGGAAAAGUAGUCCCCCUUGAAGAGACGUGCUGUCUGAAAGAAGCAAGGUUCAGUUUCAGCAACAAGCAAACUUUGGGAGGCCCUGGAGGAGGACUUUUAGAUUUAGUAAAGAUAGAGUGGGCAGACUGAAUUUUCCUUGCCUAGAACAGGAGAGUGGCCAGUAGCCAGGCUAGUUAUAGAGUUCAUUAAAUAUACCCACUGAAUUUCAUGACUUCUCUAGUGUUAAAAAAGAAGCACUAAUAGUGCCAGUAAUCUGUGUAAGAGGGGUUUAAGCUACAGGUAAUAGAACUAUGACUAGAAGCCUCAGUACUGUUCAACAGUGUGAAGGGAAAGCUGUUUGCUCUCUAAUAAGCUUUCCCAGGUAUACUUCUUGAAGAAUAUAAAGUGUAAGUGCUCAGGACUUUCAUACCUGUUCUACUUUGGCUUAUUUUGACUGUUAGUUUAAUAGCCUAAUAAAGACCAAGAAUACUUGACUUAAAGGCUCAAUAAUUAGUUGCAAAUAUGGAAUAUCCUCAAUUUUUAAAACACAACUUGUAUUUGUCUGUAAAAAUUGUAUAUAUUUUUACAGAAAGUAUUUCUUUGAAAUGUAAAGGAGAAAGAGUCUGGAAUUCACAGUAGUUUUUCAUGCCCUUUUGAAAUUUACAACUUCGGUAGUUAGGAACCUGUUUCUUAACAGCUUUACUAAACUUUGUCCUGGUCAGUUCUAGAUUGUCUACAGAACCAAGUGAUGUAAUUGUAAGCAACCUGGUUAUAAUGGAACAAUUCUGAGUCAACUAUGCAGGCUUUAAUUUUCCUGUCUGAUUUUCGUAAGUAUUCCUUAGAUAGUUUUUUUUUUUUUAAGUCUGGGACUGGGAGAUUGUGAAAUUGAGGAAUGGAGAGUAAUCCUUUCACAUAGUUAACUCGUAGAUUUUCAAUAAUUGAGUCAAGGUGGCUUUUUUUUCCUGCUUUUGUUUUUGAGACAGGGUGGGGCAUGUGGGCUGAGGAUUUAAAAAUAAUGGACUCUGGGCAACUAAUUUGGGUUCCUUCCAUUUGACCUUAUUUAACUGGUGAAAUUUAAACUGAGUUCAUGAGCUCAUCUUCAAAGCUUUUUGGUUUUCAGCUGUUCCAAAUGGGACUUACAAGAAGUAUGUGCAUAAAAAGAUCACAUCAGGUGGAUGAGAGGCAUUUGGUCCCUUGUUUGCUUAAUACAUUGUAAAAUGAUGACUUGGAAAAGCAGACUCUAGUCUAACCAUGGUGCUAUAUUUAGGCUUGCUUGUUAAACACAGGUCUAAGCCUAUUACUUCAAUAAAGCAAAUACUUACUGUUUUGUUUCUAUAAAUGGUUCCUAAACUUUCAGAUUUUUACAUUGGCAUCUCUUUGAAUUUCAGAUUUGAUACUGUAUUGAAUCUGUGUUUAUGUCAUAUCCUUCCUUGAAAUAUUUGCUGGCUGUUCUGCACCCUUUAUAGAUAUUUAUAUCCAUUCCUACUUCUUUAACCCUACCAUCCCUAAACUCUUACUAGCUCUUUCAUUUUUUGGCACUAUGGACCCCAUCUGGGAACGUUGAUAACCCCCCUAGGAGUCCACAGGCCUUCAUCCUUAAUGAAUUUUAUCCUUGGGAGGUGGUAGUACAAUGGGUGCUGUGACAGAGUCAUUUGGUGCGAGGAGUCCCUUUUCUUUGGACUGGUACCCUUUCAGUUGUUGCUUUAUCCUGUCUGGGCUGGGAAUUUUCAGAGAGAGCAACAUUUUAUGUGACUUUCUCUAGGUUCCUCUGCAUUUGAAUUACACUCACUUAAAAGAAGUGUGGACUCUGUUAAACCUGAAAGGGUUACAUAAAACUGGUAAACUGAAGAGAGCUGUAAUGGAAAUAGGGUCAUUUGAAAACUUCUGCCUCAGAAUGUGACCUUGGACUCCGGAUAAAAAUAGGCAUGAAUAAAAUGACUAAGAAUGUAAUGGGGAAGAAUUUGCCCUGUGUGCCCAUCUCCGAGCAUAAGGUCAUAUAGAGCCAUUUUUACCUAUGUAUUUAUCUUCUUGAUAAUGAACCACUUAUUUAUGUCAUGUCUAUCUCUAAGGACCUAAAAGCACUUUAUGUAGUUUUAAAUUAAUCUUAAGAUCUGGUGGAGAUGACUAAAAGACUCCCUAUAUCCAGUUGUGGAAAUAAGUGCAUAGAUGUAAAUUGGUGGGAUUUGGGGGCUCCACUUCCCAAUUUACUAGGUGUGACUGCUGCAAUGUAGAUGAAGAUCUUAAUUGAUACUUUGGGUCAAAGGCUGUGAGGGCUUAGGGAGCCCAAGUGCUUGAGGAAGGGUGGGUGGUUUUAUAGGGAGAGGAGGCACAUGUACCAACUGCUGGCAGACUGCAUAGUUCAGGGCAAAUCCUCCAAAAUGGAAAGGGAAGGGCUGCUUGGAAAGCUGGUUCUCUCAGCAACUUCUGUCUUAAAGCUUCUCUCAGGGAGAAACAUGCAAUCACUCUAGUGUCGUCCAUGUACAUUCUGUGGAGUGGGGGGAGGGUAAACACCUUGGUUCCUGUUAAACAGCAAAUGCUGUUGACAGCUGUGCCAGGAAGAGUUAGGACCAACUAUAAUGUGGGCUGUAAAAUGUAGUGUAUUUCCCUAACUUCCUGUUUUUUCUGAGAAGAAAAUAAAUCUUUUAUUCAAAUACAA